UAAAUCAUAUAAUUAAAGUAGCUAAAUAGUACACGGAGUGCACAGCAACUGUUCUGGGAAAAUGGCAACUGAACGAAACGAUCUAAACAUGGGAAUGCGGUGUGUAAAAUAUAUGAUCUUUGUGAUUAACUUCAUGUUUCUGCUCACGGCGAUCUUGAUGGUAACGGUCGGAACGGCUAUCGGAACCAUUUUUGGAGAUUUUGAGUACUUCAUCGAUUCACACUUUUUCUCGCCGGCUCAUUUGUUGGUGGCGAUUGGAUCCAUUAUGAUAGUUGUUUCCAUAUUUGGCUGCAUCGGAGCCGUCAAGGAGAGUACCGCAAUGAUAAAUAUCUAUGGCGUCCUGUUGGCUUUGGUUUUUAUACUGGAAGUUGCGGCAGCAAUUUCCGCUUUCGUACUCCGAGGUCAAGUCGAAGAAAUGGUUCGCCGGACAAUCAACGAAUCUAUGGCCAGUUAUAGUACCAAACCGUAUGUCGAACAAUCGGUUGAUUUAAUGCAACGAGUACUUGAAUGUUGCGGUGUGGAAAGCUACAACGACUGGGCGUUCUUCAUGCCGCAACCAACUAAUCCAGAUGACAUCGAACUACCGCAAUCGUGCUGUCUACCAUCCACAUUGCAAGAAAAGUGUGUACCUUUUGAAGACGGUUGUUACUCUCGACUUGGAUGGGUCAUUUCGCAAAGUGCAGCAUUGAUUGCUACCGGUGCAACAACAGUAGCUUUCGUGCAAAUUCUUGGCAGCAUAUGUGCGUUUAUGUUAGCCCGGACAAUUCGACGCACAAAAUCAUUACGUGCCGCUCGUCGCUGGCAGCUACAGCAGAGUUUGGGAAUCAUGACUAAAUUGCACGAUCCUCCCUACACACAGAUGGAAAAAUCGGAGAAAAACACGGACUCGGAAAUGUAUCUUCCAAAUAGUCCAAGUGUUAACUGAUUUUAUGAAAGUAUGACACAUAAUAACAACACUGAUUUCACUUCGUAUUAUCAAACUGCUCGCAUGUCUAAUCUAUAGGAAGGUAAUUUGGAAAACAAUGAAACAAGAAUAGUUAUCAAAAGGAUGUGCAGUUUUUUGACCUUCUAUUUCAAGUACUAAUAACUUUACUCUACAUGUAUUCUUGUAAGUGGGCUGUAUGUAACAUGAUUAUGUUAUGAAAUAAAGCUGCAGUAUUAUACAUGCUAAACAAUAAUCAUGAUUUAUACGUGAAAGUUGUAGAGGUUAUAUAAAACAGUUUUUUCGUCUCUUUUGUUU